AUGACCAGUACCCAGGCUUACCAUGACACCGAAUUCUUGAAGGAGGUAUGGGGACUGUAUGCAGUCGGCGUGACAGUCCUGCUACUACGAUCUGCUAUUCGCGUACGGACAGUCGGCCUUCGAGGCUUCCAAGGCGAUGACUACGUCUCAAUACUGGUCCUGCUAUGCUACACCGCGGAUGCCGUCACCGUCGACUUGACCUUUCACUAUGGCUCCAAUGUGGACUACAGUCCAGCUAAACUGGUCGGAUUCAAUCAGCAACAGAUCGAUCAGAUCAUCUUUGGCUCGCGCUGUCAGCUGGCCGCCUGGUAUACCUACACAAUGUUGGUUUGGGCACUGAAGGCAUGCAUGCUUUUCUUCUUCAAUCGUCUAACACUCGGUCUGGACUCGCAUACCUGGGUCAAACGACUGGCUAUCGCGUGCGGCAUCACUUAUGCCGCUGUAUUUUUGACUAUCACGCUUGGUUGUCGACCUUUCCAUCACAACUGGCAGACUCUGCCAUAUCCACCACCUCAGUGCACACUGCGGGCACAAAACAUGUAUGUUUCGACUAUUCUGAACGUACUGACCGAUGCUGCAAUGUUGGCCAUACCUGUCCCGCUUUUGUGGAAACUCCAAGUACCGAUGAAGAGAAAGCUGGCUCUUGCAGCAAUGUUUUCGUCCGGAAUGUUCGUCAUCAUUGCUGCCAUUGUGCGGAUUACUAUGACCCUAAAAGCACACCCGUCUGCCUUGACGAUCAACCGCUGGGGCGUGCGAGAGACCAUAGCCGGUAUCAUCGCUGUCAAUGUGCCAAUUCUUCGGCCUAUGUUCACCAAGGCCUUCUGGAAGGGCAACCAUCCUCCCUCCCAUCCCACCACAAGAAAAGGGGUCUCGACAAGCGGCGGCAAAUCCGGCAGCUCAGGCGGGAUCUUGUCCUUUCGUAAAACCGCCGCCUUCGAAAUGGUCGAUUCGCCGGAGCAAAGACUUGCGGACAAAGACCCAAGCACAGUCACAAUGUCGUCUCACAAGCACAACAACGUCGACGUCGAUAGCGACUGCAACGAAGAUGCGUCCAGCCAGGACUUUAUCGUCCACAAGCCAGGGGGACCUUUGUCCUCGGACACUACACAGAGAGAGCCCGCUGAGGAUGUCGAGAAAGGCUGGGCUGGCGUACGAGUUGAUACUUCGUAUGAGGUUCGACCAAUGUCACAGACUGCUGUAGAGGAUAAUACGGCGGCACAUCAAGCCAAUGCUCACGGACCUCGAAGCUGGGAAGCAGACCAUCCUUGGAGUCAGGGCUGGAGAACUCGCGGACAUGGUCACAGUGUCAACAUUCGGUAA